AAUUAUGGGUAACGCCCUUCCAAGAAUUCCAUUUAACGAAGUUAAUUUGGUGCCAGGAAAUGUUCUCAUCGAAAUUGACAAAAAAUAUAAAAACGAAGCUCGUAGUAGAGACACGGGUCAGAGGGCUAGUAUGGACGAUCUUAUUCUUGGUUGUUCGUAUAGCUGAAGUAUCAAUUAAUCAAGGCGGGGCUAUGCUAACUGGCCAUCUUAAAGUGGGGGAUGAGGUUUGGGUUCGUGGACGCAAAGGCUAUCCUAUUGAGGUCGACGAAAGCGUUCGUCUCUUUGUUUUCAAUGAAUGGGAUGUUGCUAUCAAUUUGGGCAGUGGAGGAGUGUCUGCUGAUCAACCUCCGACGUAUAGUGAAAAAAUGAUGCCAUACUAA